AUGUUUAAGGUACUUUUCCUCGCUACUAUUGCCGUGGCUACUGCCAAGCCCAGUAUUGCUCCUGCUGCAUACGUCGCCGCUCCUGCUCCUCUUGUGGCCGCUCCAGCUCGUCUAGUGGCCGCUCCAGCUCCUCUAGUGGCCGCUCCAGCUCCAAUCGUCACUGCCUCAAGCUCCCAGUACAUCGCAAGGAACUACAACGGCGUGGUUUCUGCACCUUUAGUGGCUGCCGCAGCUCCAGUCGUGGCAGCACCAGCCACAUACGUCGCUCCAGCAGCAAAAAUCGUAGCCCCCGCCGCGCCACUUUACUCCGCUGCCGCUCCCCUGUACGCCCGAUACGCUUCCCCAUAUGUAUCGGCUCCUUACUACGCUCCGUCCGCUCCUCUUUAUGCCUUCAAGUAA